AUGGCGCUGGCCUGGGGAGCUGUUACAGGCAGUUUUUCGGAGGUCAAUCUCGCUUUCGGAUUUGUGCUUGGGUCAGGGGCGCUCUAUCUGAUCCGGGAGCAAGUGGGCACGUCGGCGUAUUUUCGGCGGUUCGGAAAAUCGGUCGGGCUGGCCGUAACCUUCGUACGGGAACUGGUCCUGUCGGCCUGGAGGGUCGCGUUGAUCGUGCUCAGGCCAAAAAUCGAGCUUGAGCCGGGCAUCAUUGCUCUCCCGUUGACUGUCGACACGGAUUUCGAAAUCACAAUGCUUGCAAAUCUCAUUACCCUGACGCCCGGCACAUUGUCGGUGGAUGUAUCGGAGGAUCGCAAGACGCUCUUCAUCCACUGCAUUGACGUUCCGGAUCCGCAGGCAACGAUCGAUGACAUCAAGAACGGAUUUGAGCGCAAGAUCAUGGAGGCAUUCAGAUGA